CACGAUCUGGUCACUUUGCUUAUUGCUCUCUUUAGACGUUGUUCUUUGCUUAGUGCUUUAGAUUGGCAGAAAGUUUGCUAACAGUGAGAAUGAGGAACUCCGGAAAAUUACAGGGCAAGACACUGUUCAUCACAGGUGCAUCUCGUGGCAUUGGCAAGGCAAUCGCUUUGAAAGCAGCGCGCGAUGGCGCAAAUAUUGUGAUAGCUGCUAAAACAGCUGAGCCACAUCCAAAAUUGCCUGGCACAAUUUAUUCGGCAGCUGAGGAGAUCGAAAGGGCAGGUGGCAAAGCUUUGCCCUGCAUUGUGGACGUACGCGAUGAAAGACAGGUGCAACAGGCGGUUGAAGCAGCCGUGGCAAAAUUCGGAGGCAUUGAUAUUGUUAUUAACAAUGCGAGUGCCAUAUCCCUUACGCCGACCCUGGACACGGACAUGAAGCGCUAUGACCUGAUGCAGAAUAUAAAUACAAGAGGCACUUUCCUGGUUUCCAAAACCUGUUUGCCUUAUCUGCUGAAGAGCGAUAAUCCGCACAUCUUGAACCUAUCUCCCCCUCUGAACAUGAAGCCGCACUGGUUUGCCAAUCACACAGCUUACACCAUAGCCAAAUACGGUAUGUCGAUGUGUGUCCUUGGCAUGGCCGAGGAGUUCCGUUCACAAGGCGUGGCCGUCAAUGCCCUUUGGCCUCGGACAACAAUUCAUACGGCUGCAAUUGAAAUGCUGAGUGGUUCGGAGAGUGCGAAAUACGCACGGAAACCUGAAAUAAUGGCAGAUGCCGCCUAUGCUAUUAUUUGCAGAGAUGCCAGGGAAUACACUGGCAAUUUCUUCAUGGACGAUGAGGUUUUAUUGGAUGUGGGUGUUAGAGAUUUUAGCAAGUAUGCUUGCAGCCCAGAGAACAUGCACAACCUGCAAUUAGAUAUAUUUUUAGACGAUGAAGGUCCAUUUGCCAAGCUGUAAAUUUUAUAUUUUUGUUUUUACAAAAUAAAUUUGUUAUCAAAUCAUUUGAAUUGCCGCGCAAUUAA